UUGACGCAACGAAACAGGGGCAUUUUUAAGUCCGCUAGCUAGCUAGUUAGCUUAGGUAAUUAGCCACUAUCGUUUCACUGUCAGUGCAACUUUACGCCUCCUGCAUCGUAAUAUCAUGUUAAUAACUACAAAAGCUGUUGAUUUUAAUUUCCUUAGCAGCCUUUUCAGUUGGUUAUUGCUCGCUAAGAUGUUACAGCUGUACUGUUCAGCUCGCAUUGUGGUUGUUUCUCUGUUUAAGGGCACAGGAAAGCAUUUAUUAUUGCUGUAGUUAUGGCGUUAUUCAUGUUUAAAGCGUAAAUGGAUGCUUUAAUGUGUAGAUCUAACUACUGAGCGACAUUUCCCAUUGAGAAAGCCCAGGAAAAAAGUAAAAGUGUGACAAAACUGAGUGGUUUGGCUCUGCACAUGGCUCGCUGCACAUUAUGUAAAGUGUCUGUGACCUUGCACCCUGCGGUUUACCUGUCGUUGGUCGUGAUCUUGAAGUUAAUGUGUUAUGGUUGUAUCCCUUUCUGUCCUGUACCCUGCAGACUGUUGUAGUAAAAUGUUGGAGUGUGGCAUGGUGGAACUUGACAGGCAGGCGCUGCGGAGACGCUCUGUGGUUCUCUGCAAACAGAUGGUGGUCGACGAGCUGCUCAUUCAGUCUCUACAGGCGGACAACAUCCUCACUGAGGCCAUGGCAGAUAAUAUUAUGGCUGAGCAAACAGCUCAAAAACGAAGCUUUCGUUUGCUACAACUUUUACCAAAGCGAGGGCCCAGAGCCUUCAGCAGCUUCUGCGCAGCUCUGAGAGACACUGAGCAGGAACACCUGUGUGAGCUGCUCACACAGUCACCAGAGAAAGAUGGCAAAGAGACACAUCUAAAGAGUAUUCAGCCUGAAAAAGAGCCAGAGGGACAGGCAGGGCGACUGGUCAUGCAGACACCAGAAAAGAAGAGAACGAGAUAUGAAGACUCAUCUUUUCCACUUUCAACCGAGGAGGGAAUUGUAGCCAAAAGAGCAAGGACACAAGAGUCCAUGGAGUGUAGCCUCGAUGCAGAUAGUCCCAUCAACACUCCUGUGCUCGCGAGUACACGUGACUUCUACCUCUCUCACUGCCAGCAGUCCUACAGAAUGAAUUCAUUGCCACGCGGCUUUGCCUUGGUCAUCAGUAAUGUGACAUUUGACCCUUGUGCUGCGCCUGACCUUGACCCUAGGAAGGGAGGUGAGGUGGAUGAUGAAGUGCUGAGGAAGGUCUUCACAGAGCUGGACUACGUGGUUACAGUCCACAGAGACCUCACUGCUCAGGGCAUGAGAACGUGCAUUGAGAACUUUUGCCGGCGGCCGGACCACCGGACAAUGGACAGCUGUGUGGUGUGUCUGCUCUCCCAUGGAGUGGAAGGAGGUGUAUAUGGCACAGAUGGACAACUGCUGCAGCUGGACUGGGUGUUUGAGGCCUUUGACAAUGCGCACUGUCCACUGCUACAGAACAAACCGAAGAUGUUUUUCAUCCAGGCCUGCAGAGGAGAGGAGAUGGAUUGUGGAGUGGAGCAGUUAGAUGGGCCAGUGAGGACCAGCUCACCAAGCUGUGAACAACGUGAUGCUGGAAGGGAAGGACAGGGGGAUGCAGAUUCCAGACAAAGGGGGGACAUGGGGAGACCCAGGAUAAAGCUGCCCCAGCGCUCCGACAUGAUCUGCGGCUAUGCAUCUCUCAAAGGUCAGAGAAUUUGCACAGCAGCCAUGCGCAACACCAAGAGAGGAUCCUGGUUUAUCCAGGAACUCAACACAGCACUUCGCCUCCACGCCAGAGACACUCACCUGGCAGACAUCCUUGUGCAGGUCAAUGGGCGGAUCAAGGAACGGGAAGGUUACGCCCCUGGCACUGCCCACCAUCGCUGCAAAGAGAUGUCCGAGUUCACCAGCUCAUUGUGCAAAGACCUUUUCCUGUUCCCCAAGUACCAAUAACCAGUAUUGAUAUGCAAACAAUGCACAUAUGAACACACAGAUCAUUCCUCGAUUUGGAGACCAAGACUCAUUCAUUCCUGUUCCUGCCACACAUUCACAAAUUGUCCUGUUACAACUUCACACACUCUUAUCCAAACAGAGGAUUUAUUCAUUCAUAUUUUCUGUGUAAAUACUGCCUCCCCAAACCCACACACACUCACAGACAUCUUGGAGAGGAAAAAGGAGAAAGCUUAUGUUAAUCUACAUGUACUCAGAGAUGGGCAAUGUAUUAGCAUGCAUCCUGCUAGUGUAUCAGUGUGUCUAUGCCAGUUAUAGGGUUUAGAUGUUAAUCCCUUUUAGUCAAAGUCAGGAUCUUAUUUUUUUCCUACUGCACAGCUACUUUAAGGUUUCACAAGUCUCUCUUUUUAAAAUGUAUUUUGUACACAGAUUUAUUUUUGUGGCUUUAUUUUAUAUGUACUUGUUUUUAUAAGGAUUUUUAAGCCCAUUUUUCAUCUAUUUGUACAUAAUGUUUACUGGAAGUGACCAAUUUUUAUUAUGGUGACAGACAGGGGGCAGCAUUGAAUGAUGAGCUUAAUGCAGCAAAGACAAACACCUUUCUUAACCAAUGUUAUUCAUUUAGAUGACCCUGUCAUGAUGACAGACAGAUUUUAUUCUAGUUAUAAUCCACUACAGCAGCCAUUAUGCAGCUAAGUCUUUGCUGCAGGUUUUGAGCUGUUUUCAUUGGACUUUUUUUCUUUCCUCACAUGGUUUGACUUGUGAAGAGGGAAACCUAAAGGGCAGCUUCAAAACACAAUCUUCAAGUGUUUCAAACCAACUUUUUUCUUCUUCUUUUGUGCUUGUGGGUGUUCAAUCAGGAAAAUUCUGUUUUUUUUUUUUUAUUUGUAAAUUUCACUGACGCCCUGCUGAGCUCACCUCAAAUCAGUUAUAUUACUGUAGCAGCCCUGUCAGCAUUGGUUGGCUGGCAGAGGGAAUGUGGUGCUACUUGUGGGGUCAUACAUUAUGAACUUUGACCUUCACACUAACUCUUAACACCUAAUCGUGUUUCUCCCCAUGUGGGCACUACACUUUUAGUUAGUCCCCCCAUAACUGUAUUUUUGUGGUAUUUUACUGUAUCUGAUACAGUAACGGUAAAACAUGUAUUUUCCUUGUCUUCCUGUAAGUAUAAGCAAUAUGCAGUUUUUCUACAGCAGCCUGUGCCAUGUGACGAUGAUGUGUUAGAUACAUUUAUGACCAGAGUGGUGCUUUCACACAAAUAAAUCCCCCCAUGGCUGUGGCGUGUGUUUAGGCACAGCAAUGUUGUAGUGAAGAAAAUAUGAUUGAAACAGUAUUGAUUGUUAAACAUCUAUAAACAAAGAGUAUUAUUAAACUCUGAUACACAAGUUCUGAAGGUUGGUAUUUGCUGCCAAGCUCUGAUGAGGUGCAUUGCGGGAGGGGAGGGGGGGGCCUUGGGAGAUUUUAUUUGUCAACUCCAAUGACUGCCAAAGGUUCUGAACAAUAAACAGGCCAUGU